AUGAUUACUACACCUAAUGUUAUUGACUCUAAAUUUUAUGAGUUAUAAAAUAGCUGUCAUGCAUUUAAAUCAGAAAAUGAAGAAUUCAAAUAAAUUUUAUUAAGAUUAUGGAUAUAGAUCUCGAAAUCUUUUAAUGAAGACUUUGAAGAAAUCUUAUAAUUGGGUAUCAAUUCAGAUAUCUAAGAUGUUAUGAAUGCUAUACUUAUUAUUGAGGAGGCAAGAUUAGAGUAAAUUAAAGUAUAAAAAUAUAUUAUAUUUUAAGAGUGAUAGAUAAUAGAUUUAAUUACUUGAAGAUGAAUUAAAAGCUAUUAAAUAAUCAAAUACUACUAAUAUUAAAAAUGAAGAAUUAAUUGAAACAUAAAAAUAAUAUAGAGAAUUAAGUGAACUAGUUAUUUAAUUAAAAUUAUCAAAUGAAGAUAAAGAUCAUUAAAUUUUAGAAUAAACUAAAUUAAACAAAAAACUCUAAGAUGAAUACAAUCUAUUAACAUCUAAAAUUAAUAAUUUAUCAUUAGCAUUAGUUUAAUCAAAAGAAGAAAAAAUCUAAUAUAUGGAACAAUCAUAAAAAGAAAUUAAAUUAUUAAUGGAAAAAGAGUUAUAGCAAAGCAAAAUGAUUUAAAUUUUGUAGAUAUAGAAAAUUGAAUUAGAGAAUAUUAUAAAAAAAAAUAGUCAAAGAAAUUCAGUUGAAUCAUCAAAUCAUUAAACUUCUCAAAUUUUUAAAGAUGAUGAAUAAACUAGAAUACUAAGUUGUUCACCAAGUACUAUUUCAAAUUAUUAUAAGGAACCACUCAUAUUGAUAUAUCAAAAAUUGUUUUAUAAAGUCUCUAAAACAAAAAAGCUGAAAUGGUUUCAGGAUAGUCACUUUCAUAAAUUCCAUAUAGAUUUGGAAAAUGA